CUGGUUUCUGGCUGUGGCUAGAUCAUAGUUGUGGAAGUAAAGCAUCCAUCUCAACUAUCAGAUGAAAAAACAGCGAAGAUUAAAUCGGUCAGAUAGUUUUGGUAGCCAUUCAUUUCCUCCCUCUCCCCUAGCUUAUUACGAAAGUGGAACAACAAAAGUACGAACGUAGAGCAUAAAAUGAGAGAGAACGAUCCAAUAACGUCUUUGUAAUCGGCAGGGUUUCUACAGAAGUCAGACUAUGCUUAAUGCAUGGAGCCAUUUCUAUUACUCGGAUGAUGUACAGUAAUUUUUGAACAAGAUCUUUGUUUUUUGAAGCAGAUACUUAGUUGAGAGAAACAAUGCCCUCCAACCGCAUCAUGAAAAUUGGGAAAAUAGAAAAGCACCAGGUUCAACUGCUCGCAUGCAGAGGCGCAGGAGUUUUUGCGGGCUCUCGUUGCAGCUGGCGUCGCCAGUAAUACUUUCACAAAGUAUCCCAUGAAGCUCUCGGGGCCUCUCGCAGGUGUUAUUGUGAAUCACUACAGCAAUGGGACACUGCAUUCGCAGCCGGAUGGGGGUCAUCCAAAGUCGAUCUUUGUGGAGGCCGAAGCAAAGACGUGUGUCGAGCAACCGAGAAAGGGAGUUUCAUACGAAGCCGCACUCGCAGGUCUGCAAAAUCAGAUAUCUUGUCGCCCUUGGAGCUUCAGCAUCUCGGAGUCGAGGCCCGAUGUGGAAGGAAGAUGCGUACCAACGCAGACCACAACGACACCUUUUGUAGACCAAAAUGGGUACCGAUCGAGUAGUACAAUGCCAGUUCGACCGCAAGCUGACGGAGUUGAAAAAGUGCCCGGUGCUUUAUCAAAUGCCUUAUGGCCCAAGGCAGCUCCCAGUUUCGCUGCUAGCAGACAGCACAACCGAACCCUCCAGACUGCGAUUUUUUCUCGGUGUCCCACGAUGCCGCAAACGAACACCAGAACUACCAGGGGUUCGGUUCAGACGGAGGGCUUCUAAUGAAGAAGCGACGACUGCAAAGCGAAGGGGAGCCGGCUACGGAGCGUACACACACUCGGGCUUUCCGGCAGGAGCAUUCUCGUUUAACUCCUUAUCUUCCAGCAUGCAUCCUGGUUCGGACUCUGCUGCUGCGCCUCGCGUGUCCAUCCCUCAUGCGUGCAACAAUCCGUCGCCAGUCUCUCCACCUUCCGUUUCUGGCAAGCGGCAUCAGAAAUUUGUCAAUGGUGGGGCGUGGUAUGAACAGCAGGCUAUGCGGCCGAUUAACGAAGCUCUUGGCACACGCACGAUUACGGGGCUCUGUUCCUGUUUGAUCGUCGUUGGGUGGGCACUGACAGCAAGUAUGUGAACCAGCUUGUGAAGUGGAUGAGAGACGACAUUGGGGUCGAACGGCCAUGCGAAUCCUACGAGGGCUUGUCGAGAGUUGUUCGUCAGCAUUUCCAACGGAAUGAAGAAGAAGCCAAAGAUGGGAUUCACAUAAUUCAACCGCAGGUCCGGCGGGACGCGGAAUCGAUAUAGAAGAAGAGGUCGACGACUCAGAAGAUGGCCGUGAAGUUAAUGAGAUUUUUUUGAUUAGGUCUACUGCACGAUGAGAAGAUAGGUUAAGUAGGCACAAAGCACAUAAAAAGAAACACGUCUGACUCAACAGAUGCUGUAUACUUACUACUGUAUGUAUUUGUCUUUUCGACGUAGCUACCGUGCUGUGUCCCUCACAGUCUAGCUUUACGCUGCCCGAGGAUCCUUUUGUUUGACCUUGUGUGUUGUGGGUUCUACUGAAGAUGGUGCUCACUAGCUCUUGCUCUGCCUUCAGUACUUAUAAUCAUAAACAAGGGAUCUUCUGUCAGCCUCUCUCACAGUACGUUGUUC